UUAAAGCUCUCUCUCUCUCACACACACACACAGUAAUAGGUGAUCCAUGGCUAAUCCAAACAGGACACCAAACAAUAACUUCUUCCCAGAUUGUUCUCAACCCAUUUGCACCGCCUACUGUCCACAAUGGUGCUACUUCAUCUUCCCUCCCCCGCCGCCGUCUUCCGGCGCCGACGACACCACCAAUUUCUCACCACUAGUAGUCGCCGUCAUCGGAAUCUUAACCGGCGCUUUCCUCCUCAUAACCUAUUACACAAUCAUCUCCAAAUACUGUAAACAAACCAGAACAAGAACAAGAUCAAACGACCCAGAUUCAAUUCAACAACCCAAUCAAAACCCAGAACAAGAUUUCAUUCAAUCUGGGCUUGACGAAUCAACCAUAAAAUCAAUCAGGGUUUGUAAAUAUGGAGAUGGGUUUAUUGAAGGAACAGAAUGUGCUGUUUGUUUGAGUGAAUUUGAAGAUAAUGAAAAUUUAAGGGUUUUACCUAAAUGUAGUCAUGCUUUUCAUCUUCAUUGUAUUGAUGUUUGGUUGAAAUCACAUUCGAAUUGUCCUCUUUGUCGUGCUAAUGUUGUUUCUGUUAUGAACCCUGUUGUUGAAUUGGAAUUGGAACAGAACAGGAUGGAUUCUUCUGGAAAUGAUUUGAUUUUGGGUUUGGAUCAUGAGAGAUCGAUUGUGAAUGAUAGAAAUGGAAUUAGGAGAUCGGUUUCGAUGGGAUCAUUGGUUUUGUUUCAUGGGUUUAUGAAUUAUGAUGAGGAAAUGGGAAUGCGGAUUCAAGAAGAACAGAGCAAUGAUAAUGGUGGGGAAUCCGGUGCCGGCGCCGGCGCCGUGAUAAGGAGAACGGUUUCGACGGGGAGAUUUAUGUUGUCAAGACAUGAGAAGAGACCACAUGUUUAG